AGCUACUUCUAUCGCUCUGAUCGGAGCAUGGCAUGGCACCUUCUCGGUAGCGGCGUCCGGACCAUGGCUCGCCGACUUCUGGGGUGGCUCACCGUCACUUCGCUGCUCUGCUCGUCGCUUGUGGCCGAAAAGAAAGUGUGUCAAGGCAUCAACAACCGCUUGAACUUGCUGGGCUCCAAAGAGGACCACUACCUGAACAUGGUCAAGACCUACAGCAACUGCACGGUGGUCCUGGAGAACCUGGAGGUCACCUACAUGGAAGAAGAGCGCGACUUGUCCUUCCUCAGGACGAUAGAGGAAGUGGGCGGCUACGUGCUGAUCGCCCUCAACAGGGCCUCCAGGAUCCCGCUGGACAACCUGCGCAUCAUUCGCGGUCACUCGCUGUACGAGGGAGGCUUCGCCCUCACCGUGCUGGCCAAUUAUGACAAAGCCUUGGGGCGGGGCACCAGCCAGCUCCUUCUCACCAGCCUCACAGAAAUUAUCAAAGGAGGUGUGAAGUUUAGCAAAAACCAGCUGUGCAACGUGGAGACCAUCCAGUGGUACGACAUCGUUAACGAGGAGAGUCAAGCCAAAAUGGAGCUGCCGCUCGUGGCUAGCAACAACCCGCUUUGUAAAAAAUGUCACCAAAGCUGUUUCAACGGUUCUUGCUGGGCACCUGGACCCCAAAACUGUCAAACUUGUAAGGUCAUUUCUGUCAUUGAUGGAGCCAAUAGGUCCCAUUGCCAUUUGCCCCCAACUUGGACGAAUAUUGUGCGUUUGUCUUCCCUUUGCGCAGUAACCAAGCUGAACUGCGCGCAGCAGUGCUCCAAGAGGUGCCGAGGACCUUCUCCCAGCGACUGCUGCAAUGAACACUGCGCCGCCGGAUGCACGGGACCGCGCCCCACCGACUGUCUGGCCUGCCGGGACUUCCAGGACGACGGGGUGUGCAAGGACUCCUGCCCGGGCCUCAUGCGCUACGACCCCAACCAGCACCAGCUGGUGCCCAACCCGCUGGGGAAGUACAACUUUGGCGCCACCUGUGUUAAGAGCUGCCCACAUAACUACGUGGUGACGGACCACGGCGCGUGCGUGCGGACGUGCAGCGGCAACACUUAUGAGGUGGAGGACGGCGGCGUCAGGAAGUGUGCCAAAUGUGAUGGACUGUGCCCCAAAGUAUGCAACGGGCUGGGCACGGGCCACCUGACGCACACGCUUUCCGUCAACGCCACCAAUAUCGACUCGUUUAGAAACUGCACCAAAAUCAACGGCCACAUCGCUUUCAUUCGCACCUCCAUUCACGGGGACGCGUACACCAAGACGCCAAAGAUGGACCCCGCCCAGUUGGACGUCUUCAAGACGGUUAAAGAAAUAACUGGUGAGUUUUUCCUCAUCCAAAUCCUGCCCUUUGUGUCGGCGCUUGACGAGACCGCUGGCGUUCCAGGAUACUUGUGGAUUCAAACGUGGCCCGCCAGCAUGGACGCCCUCAGUCCCUUUGAGAACCUGGAAAUCAUUCGAGGACGAACCAAGCGGGGAAGCCGCAGCCUGGUUGUGACCCAGCUGGACAUCAGCUACCUGGGCCUGCGCUCCCUCAAAGAGAUCAGCGACGGCGACGUGGUCAUCAUCAAGAACCGCAACCUCUGCUACACCCACGGCGGCCACUGGAAAGCGCUCUUCAAGUCCGCCGGCCAGGCCGCCAACGUGGGCGAAAACGCUGACUCUGGCAAAUGCGCUCAGAGAAACCACACGUGCGACGGCAAGUGCACCAGCCGCGGAUGCUGGGGUCCCGGCCCUGACAUGUGCUUUGCGUGUCGGGAUCGCAGUCGCCACGGCAGCUGCGUGGAUUCCUGCAACAUCCUGGAAGGGGAGCCACGGGAGGCCGUGGUGAAGAAAACCUGCGUGGCCUGUCACCCCGAGUGCCAUCAUAUGAACGGGACGAGCACUUGCACUGCGCCGGGUUCCUCCAACUGCACCAAGUGCGCCAACUUCAAGGACGGACUCUUCUGCGUGUCCCGCUGCCCUCAAGGCGUGCCCGGCGAGGACGACUCGCUGGUGUGGAAAUACGCAGAUGACACCAAAGUGUGCCGGCUGUGUCACCCCAACUGCACCCAAGGGUGCGUGGGGCCCGGUCGUGAAGGCUGCCAAGGUAAAACCACUUCGGGUCUGUCCAUGAUUGCGGCGGGGGUGGUGGGCGGACUUCUGGCCGUCCUGUUGACGGGCCUGUUGGUCGUCGUGUUGCUGCGCCGACGCCACAUCAAGAGGAAGAGGACCAUGCGGCGCCUACUCCAGGAGAAAGAGUUGGUCGAACCGCUGACCCCAAGCGGCGAGGCGCCCAACCAAGCCCUGCUGCGCAUCCUGAAGGAACCUGAAUUCAGGAAAAUCAAAAUUUUGGGAUCAGGGGCUUUUGGUACAGUCUACAAGGGCCUUUGGGUGCCAGAGGGAGAAGACGUGAAGAUCCCGGUGGCCAUCAAGGUUUUGAGAGAGGCCACGUCGCCCAAAGCCAACAAAGAGAUCUUAGAUGAGGCCUACGUGAUGGCCAGCGUGGAGCACCCGCACGUGUGUCGCCUGCUGGGCAUCUGCCUGACGUCCACCGUGCAGCUGGUCACCCAGCUGAUGCCCUUUGGCUGCCUGCUGGACUACGUGAAGGAGAACAAGGAUAAUAUCGGCUCAGGGUACCUGCUCAACUGGUGCGUGCAGAUCGCUAAGGGGAUGAACUACUUGGAGGAGCGCCAUUUGGUCCACCGGGACUUGGCGGCCAGGAACGUCCUGGUCAAGACCCCCCAGCACGUCAAGAUCACCGACUUUGGCUUGGCCAAGCUGCUCAACGCCGACGAGAAAGAGUACCACGCGGACGGAGGCAAGGUGCCCAUUAAAUGGAUGGCUCUUGAGUCAAUACUGAACAGGACGUACACACACCAGAGCGACGUUUGGAGUUACGGCGUGACCGUGUGGGAGCUGAUGACAUUCGGCACCAAGCCGUACGACGGCAUUCCGGCCAGCGACAUCGCCGGCGUGCUGGAGAAAGGCGAGCGUUUGCCUCAGCCUCCCAUCUGCACCAUUGACGUCUAUAUGAUCAUGGUCAAAUGUUGGAUGAUCGACGCAGAUAGUCGACCGCGUUUCCGAGAACUCAUAGCGGAGUUCACAAAAAUGGCUCGGGAUCCUCCCCGCUAUCUGGUCAUCCAGGGGGACGAGGGUUUGCACCUGCACAAUCCUCCCGACGACAGGUUCUUCCGCACCCUGGUGAGCGGCGAGCACGCCGAGGAUGCCGUCGACGCCGACGAGUACCUGCUCCCGCAGCGCGGCUUCUUCGCCAGCCCGAGCACAUCUCAGACGCCGCUGCUGCACUCCACCAGCCUGAACAGCAGCAAUGGGAUGUGCAAUGGCAGAAAUGGAUUAGUGAAUGGGAUGCCCAGCCGGGAUGGAAGUAUAGUUCUUCGUUAUAUUCCCGAUCCCACGGAUAAAAUGUUAGAUGACGACGCCUUCCAGCCUUCUCCAGACUACAUGAACCAGAACACGGCCUCGGACAUGACGAAUCCCGUGUACCAGCACCCCGCCCUCCCGCGCACCAUCCUUCCCACCAUCUCCUCGGACGACGACUCCGAGUACCUCAACUGCUUCCAGAACGGAGCCGAGUACCUCAACGAGCUCCCGCCCCACCCCGACGGCACGCUCCACGCCGUCCACAAGUACAAGCCGCAGAACAGCAUCGACAACCCCGACUACCAGCACAGCUUCACGCCCACCUUCAAAGCCCGCAUGAACGGACACCUGCCGGCAGCGGGGAAUGCGGAGUACCUGGGCCCAAACUGAUGGCGAAGCCGUGCUUUUUCCCAACGGUACCGCCGCCAAUGAUCUCGGACCUCUUCAAAACUCUUCCCGAGAGGUCACGCGAGCCCGGGUGGAAAGUGAAAAUGGAAAUUGGCGACAAUGAGGAAGCAAACUCGUCCGCAGCUGGGAACUGAAAUGAGCAGCUCAAGCCCAAAAAAAUUGGGUUCACAUCCCGCAACCACUCAAGACUUUACACGGGGGCGGAGCUAACUCACCUUUCUUUGGGCUUGCCAUCCUGGAUGGAUGCUCAGAUUGUAUGACUCAUCCACUUUAGGGGAAAGCUGGUGAAAUGCAAAAGGAUGCAACGAUAACAGUGAAAGGUGGAGUUGACAACCUGCAAAGAUAAGUUCAGAACCUGCAACAUUGCUUGAAGCCCUUUCCGCUGCACCACUUGCCACAAAUGACGAAAUUGAAAACAAUAUCUGACUUGACCCAAAAACAAAGCCACUUCCCAACACGUUCCUCUUUCCCCUUUUGUGGAGAGAAAAUUCCAGGUCAGUUAAGGCCUUGCAUGUUUGUGUGGAUGUGUGUGGAUGUGGUGGUGGUGGUGGUGGGGGGGGGGGGGGGACCAUUUCAAUAAGCAUGGUAUUUCCCAAGGUUGCAGCUCUUGCCAGGCUUGUGGACACUGGAGCUCCCCAGUCGUUUCCCUCCUCCCUGUGCGAGUAUUAACUAUGAAAUUCCCAGUUUUAAAGGAACGCACUAAAUGUAGCAACCUGUUCAGCCUACUUUUGCAGAUGUGACACAGGUACAUGUUCCGGUAUAGCCGCGUAUCCAUGAUGCUGUGAUAAAUAGAUAUACACCAGAUGAAUAUAGUCCGCUGUAAUAUAUAUAUAAGCGCUGCACGUAUGCAAAUACUCACCACACUUGUGAUCAUUGAAAUGUAUGUACAGUAUAUGAAUCAUGAAUAAAUCUUUUUUUUUUCUAUGGAAAUAAACACCA